GCUACUUGAAUCUUGAUUAUUUUUAAAAUUCGCGCUAUAUACAAACCAUAGAGAAGAAACUACUUGAUUCAAUUCACGUUCACGGCUCACGUUCGCGAUAGAUGAUGAAAUGAAAAAGCAAAUGGCUACUAUAAUCCGACGUACUAAAAUUCCUAAUAAAAAGAAUCCGAUGUAAUUAGAUGAUAAAUGCGCUCUUUAUGAUCAUGAUUAGCAAAAUAAGGCUCUAAAGCAACUAAAGAACUAAGAUAUAAUAAUAUUCCAGGCUAAAAUCUUGCCGAAACUAGGAAAAAUACAAAGAUAUAAAAUCCUAUCGAGUACUAUUGAGGAAUUUCGCUAAUAUAUUGUUUUGUGUGUGAAGCUGAUUCACGUCCGUUUAUGUUUAGUUGAUGUAAUGUGAAGUUAUUGCCCGGGCGGAGCGCCGCCCCACGGCCAUGGAGCGGUACGAGAAGAGGCACAGCAAACACCACAAGGAGAAGCACAAAAAGCGAUUGCACAAAAAGCACAGGAGCUCUAGCGGUACCCAUGACCAAUCUUAUGCAACAGCUAACUCUCACAAGCCGCUGGUGGAGUACUCGGAUGUCAGCUCGGAGGCUCUGUCGGCCCCGGAGGCCGGCGAGAUCGAGAGCGAGGCGAGCUCCAUCAGCCGGCACAUCGCCGACGACCUCGACCGGACGAGGAAGUCACACUCAAUACGCACAUUCGUCGACGACAAGACGAUAUCGGUCACGACGACGAGCCGACGCAUUGUAGACGAGUACGCUCUUACCCGUGAUUCUUCUUCGGCAGCAUCUAAGAAGAGGCGCAGCUUAGACUUUGUGGAAACGGAGUUGGAGCUAGAAGAUCACCGGUUUAAGAAGAAGAAAGAUAAGCGGAAGAAGGACAAAAGAAAGAAAAAGAAGAAGAGCAAGCACCAGUCGAGAUCCGCUAGCUUAGAAAGUGUGUCUCCUGAUGAUAACUUGCCUACGGCUACGCCUGGAAGGCCACCAAGUCCUCAGAGAUAUGCUCAAGUGCCCGUGAGCGAAUGGGAAAAGGCCUCAUCUCCAUUGCAAAAUGGUUCUUGCUCACCAGUAUCUCCAUCAACACCACCUCCACUGGUCAGAGAAGUUCGUCGAGAUCCAUCACCGAGGCUGCGCCCUCCAAUCAUUGCAGAGUCCUUGCAUCCGUUGCCUUACUCUCCCAGAGAGAGAUCUCCCCUAAUGAGCCAUAUUGAUACAAGGAGAAGACAGAAAUCCACCACACCUCACACGCCGGUCGCGCCCCCGUACCACGAGACCGUGACGAUAGAUUCCGGGGACGAGCAGGAGUAUGAACACAGACGGGAUUACUGGCCUGAACACAGGCCCCAGUCACCCAUCAUGAUAAUUUCUGAUUCCCCUGAAAGAGGGAUAUCACGAGGCCGUGACUACAGCCCGAGACGGCAUCGGCGCCGCUCGCGCGGCUCGCCGCGCCGCCGGCACCGCAGCCGCGACCGGGACCGCCACCGGGACAUCAGGGGCUCCGGCAGACGAUCUCCAUCCCGCACAUCUUUAAAACGCCGACGCUCGUUAUCGCGGGGCCGCCGGCGCGGCUCGUCGCCCUCUCCACCGCGACACCGAGUGCGGCAUCGCGAGCCUUCGCGGGAUCGACACAGGCCCAAACAUGACUCUCCAAGUCCACCGUCUGUCCUGCAGCGCAGGAUAGACUUCAAAGAGAAGAUCAGUGAUACAAGCUUGUUCGCUGAACUCGUUAAGGAUAAACAUAAGAGGGCUAAGAAAUUACAAGAGAUCCUAGACCAAAAGGAGGAAGAAUCCCAGGGCGCGAUAUCCACCACUACCUCCAUCAACAACCCCGAGAUCCUCACCAUCGACGAGCUCUCCAACGCCACCUCGGACAGCGCGUCGCAGCUCAAAGAGAACGGCGAGGCCCCGCCCCCCGCGCCGGCGCCGCCCGCCCAGCGGGACGUGGCCGACAUCCCGCUGCCGGGCGCCGCCCCGCCCGCGCCGGCGCCGCCCGCCCAGCAGCACGUGGCCGACAUCCCGCUGCCGGGCGCUGUCCCGCCCGCGCCGCCGCCCAUGCAGCCCCCGCCCGAGUUCGGGGCCCUGGCUGCUGUGGACCAGCCCGAGGAAACUGUCAAGAGUAAUGGAGAGGAGCAGGUGAAGCCACCCACCCCGCCAGCCGCCACCCCGGCGCCGCCGCCGCUGCCCCGGGCGGGCGGCAGCGUGGUGGAAGACGUGUACUUCAACAGCCAGCAGCCGCCGCCGCCCAAGCCCAAGAGCCUCGUCAAGCUGCCCAUGCCGCCCAACACUCAGGUUGACGACCUGAAGACGCUUGCAAACGAGAGUCCACUCAGUACGCCGUCGCCCAGCCCUGUCAAGAAACCUGAAAAACCUAAGAAGACUGGAAUCAUGAACUUGCCAAUGCCACCUGUGAUCCCGGGCUCGGAGGAGCUGAGCGGCGACGAGCUGGACGGCGGCACGCCGCCGCGCGCCGCCGCCGACCACUACUCGCACGUCUUCAACUCCAGGAAGGGCAAGGACAACUCGCUGUCGAAACUAAAAAGGCCGCGGAUCCUCAAGCGGCGCGGCUCGAAGGUGGUGCCCGUGGCCACGCCCACGCACCACGCCAAGGACUGGGGCGAGAAGUGCGUCGACGGCUUCCAGGUGAUAACCCAAAUCGGCGAAGGCACCUACGGGCAAGUGUACAAAGCGCGCGACAAGAACACCAACCAGCUGGUCGCGCUCAAGAAGGUCCGCCUCGAGAACGAGAAGGAAGGUUUCCCCAUCACCGCCGUGCGAGAAAUCAAGAUCCUUCGCCAGCUGAACCAUAAGAAUAUCGUCAAUCUGAGGGAGAUCGUCACUGAUAAACAGGACGCCUUGGACUUUAGGAAGGACAAAGGCUCAUUUUACCUAGUAUUCGAAUACAUGGACCACGACUUGAUGGGUCUACUGGAAUCCAAAAUGGUGGACUUCACCGAGUCGCACAACGCGAGCAUCAUGCGGCAGCUGCUCGACGGUCUCGCGUACUGCCACAGGAAGAAUUUCCUACAUAGGGAUAUUAAGUGCAGCAAUAUACUUAUGAACAAUAAAGGCGAAGUGAAGCUCGGCGACUUCGGUUUGGCGCGACUAUGGUCGGCCGAGGACCGCGCUCGGCCCUACACCAACAAAGUGAUCACGCUCUGGUACCGGCCGCCGGAGCUGCUGCUGGGCGAGGAGCGCUACGGGCCCGCCGUCGACGUCUGGUCCAUGGGCUGCAUCCUGGGCGAGCUGUUCCUCAAGCACCCCGUCUUCCAGGCGAACGUAGAAAUGAUGCAACUAGAGAUGAUCUCCCGCGUGUGCGGCACACCAGUUCCAGGCGUGUGGCCCAACGUCGUGAACCUGCCGCUGUGGCACACGCUGCGCCCCAAGCGCUUCCACAAGCGCUGCGUGCGCGACCACUUCGCCUUCAUGCCCGCGCACGCGCUCAGUCUGCUGGACAGGAUGCUGGAGCUCGAUCCUGAUAAACGGGUCACGGCCGAGGAUGCCCUCAAGAGUCCUUGGCUGAAGAAUGUGGUUCCAGACCAGAUGCCGGGACCGUCGCUGCCGACCUGGCAGGACUGCCACGAGCUGUGGUCCAAGCAGCGGCGCCGCCAGCAGCGCGAGCACGAGCAGAAGCCCAAGCCCUACGGCGAGGAGGCCAAGGAGGCCUUCAAGCAGGACGCGUCCAACCAGUCCGACGCCUCCUUCCGCAGCGAGCCCUGCCGCGAGCCCUGCCGCGAGCCCGACGCCGCGCCGCCCGUCAAGUAGCACUACUACGGACGUUGUGGACAGCCCCAUGGUGCUGCGUGCCAAUAUAUACAAGACCGGGAAUCGUAUACAUUUGUACUGAGUUUUGAAGACCCGUACGUACUUGCAGAUGCGACCGUGACUUUUAUUUGACCGUCAACCGGGAUGAAUAGGAAUAGCGGGGUGAAUAGGUACCAAAAACCAGGAGGGACAUCUACCUGAUACCUGUUUUAUGUGAAAUCUACUAUUAUUUUCAACCGCAAGAUACAAUUUGGGUUGUUAUAAAUAUCCCCUAUUCCUGUCCUAUUCACUCCGCCAUCCCUAUUUACCCGGCUGAAUGCAUGCAAUCGUGCACUCUCGCACGUAAUAUGUCCCAAGAAAUUAAACAUAAAAACUCAACAAUGCGUGUUUUCCCAGAUAUAAGAUCCUAUCUAGAUCGAUUUCUCACGCCCGAAAACACCCAUAUAGCAUAUUUCAUCGAAAUCGUAAGAGAUUACGACAUCCCCGAAAUAUAUGAAUAUACAAGAAUUGCUCGUUUAAUUGUAUAAGAUUGCUAGAAAUAGUAAUAUGAAGAAAAUAAAGCGAGUGCAAGUUGUUGUAACUCUUAUCCAUCAACAUGCAAUAUGAAACUUGCUGUCGGUUGCAAGUUAAGGGUCUAAAUAAACGAUUGUGUAAUGCCCGGUCGAGGAUUUAAUUUAUUGUGAUGGUGUCUAGACUGGUUCCGAAUUAUGGAUAUCGAAGGUUCGGUCUGUAGUGGUUUAUGCAUUUGUGUUCAUACGGUAGAACCGUUUGUGCCUGCCGGCAUCUACAGGAUCUAGUUGAAUCGGUCCCAAUGUAUAUUCAAAAUUAUAAUCUAGAACCAAAAUUCUGUAAUAAAAUUUAACCAAAGUAUAAGUUCUGGACUGCAGAGCUAUGUAUAAAAGUCUCAAAUUGUGCAUAAAUAUGUAAAUACUGCCUCGGAGAUGAUUUUCAAAGUAGGAACAUUUUUGUUCUUUGUUUUUACCUUUAACUUAUAGUACGCGGAAUUUACAUGUAUAAAUCGACGAAUAUCAGUUAAAAGACGUAUUAAUAUAAUUCUGUGAUUAUUUUAAUGACCGGUAUCGGAAUUGACCUAUAUACGCCACGAGUCUGGGUGUCGUGUAAUCCUUCGUUAGUUUUAAUUUAGAUUAAUAAAGGUCCUUAUUAUAAUAAAUUAGUUUUAUUUUUGUUAAAACGGACCCUGGACCCAAAUGUAGUACGCAUUUAUAAUAUAUAUAAGUAUGUAAGUAAUAUGUAUAUUACGGCGCGUCUACGCGCGAAUUUCUAGGUAUACAGAUUAUGUAAAACAAUAUUACUGUUAAAGUGGAAUUAUCGCCUUCUCACAUUACUGUACAUUUACUGAAAUAGGCGAGUCACUAUGUAUUAUUUUUAUAAGAACGUGUAAAUAGUUGUGCUUGAGCAGGUAUCGUAUUUAGUUGAUAUUGCGUUUCAUUUCUAUAAGCAUCUUCCAUGAAUUGCGCGAUUUCAAUGAAUUAUUGUUGGGUGACUAAGGGUUAAAUCCAUCUGUCCAAUUUCUUGGUCCAAUGUGUAUUUGCGUCUCAUAUUUUGUUUAAUGAGAGAGUGAGACUGAAUGAAAUUGGACGGGUGGAAUACCACUAGAUUAAAAGUUUAUAAGUAUCCCAUUGAAAAAAUAUCACGUGUAUGACAAUUCUGUCGAAUUAAAACUAGUAUUUGUUAUUGUUUUCAUACAAAUUGUGCUUGCAUUUUGGCAAUCUGACACUUUCAUUGUGUGCUUGACUUUGACUGUGUUGUAUAUUUUCGUAUGAAGUCAAUUUCGCUAUUAGACGCGUUAUUGAAGACGUGGUAGGCUGAUUCUAGAGAUGCGUUCAUAUGAAUUAUUUUACAGUAAAUAUAUUCAUAAAAAAAAUAUUUACAAGAAAUAUUUCUUACAUUUUGUUUUCAUAACUAAAACCCGCGUUCGACAGUCAUCACUUUUGUAACCUAAAAAUUGAUGUGUAGGUUAUUCUUGUACUAAUUUGACAGCUGGCGACCGAAAACAUCGGGGUUUGAUGGUCAUAGAUCUCACGAUAAGUUGUGUACAUAAAAAAACAUUGGCAUAAAAUAUAUUCGCGUUUAUACUCAGUCAUGUCUAAACGUAAGACUUCGCAAACUAUUUAUACAUUAGACUUAAGUAGUAUGACAAUAAACAGUUAACGCGCUCUAAAAUCAGCCUAACACUUGAAAAUAAUCCUUGUACUAUAUAGAUUUAAGACCUAUUUUAAAUAAUCCGGAGUUUGGGAGAAACACAUCAGUGUUGUUUUAUACCUGUUAUGAGCGAUUAAAUAUUAAGGAAUGCAGCGUUAGUUUACUGAAAUACUAGUUCAGUGCAAUAAUUUCAAGUUUACUUAUUUAAUAGAAAUAUACGUAGGAGUGGGGUAUGUUGUGUAGCUUUUACACUAAGAAUCUUUGCGCGUAAUACCAUUUUUAUGUACAGAUAGCAGCAAUAGCUAUGUGGAUUUGCAGGCGCUAAAUAAUUUAAAUAAUUCUUAUUUUUUGGCGUUAGUCCAUAUUUUUAGGUAUUUUUGAUGCUUACUGUACCGCUAAAGAAGAGACGCUUUCCACAUAGAUACCGAACAUAUAUCGCUGUCAAGCUCGCAAAGCAUUGACAACCAGCGUCAUGGAUGGGACAGAAAUAUAAAGCCCAACCAGAAAUAUAUGAUAAUUGUCAAGAGGGCGCUGUUAUUCUCAUGUAUAGAGUGACAGUUCAGUUUAGUAUAAAAAAAUUAGUUCCGAUGAAAUUCUGCAAUAUGGCGCGUGAUCAUAUAUUACAGAGGCUUUAAUUAUGUGUGUGCAAUAGAGAUAGCAACAGACGAGUCAAUGUACGAAAAUCUAUGUAAAAGCGUCUCUUCUUUAGUUUCUAUCUCUUGGAAGAGAUACGAGCCAGCAAUAAUAGUUGCAUAAUUUAUGUCAUUACAAUCAAAUUUUUUAAAUGUUGUUUUUAGUUUCCUUGAGAAAUUUGUAUACUUAUUUCUGGCAAUUAUGUGACGUUAGCGAUGUUGUUUUCAUAGUUUUUUUUACCUAUUUUGUAAGACUGAAAAUGAAAUUGUAAGGAUGUUUAUCACCGAAACUCUGGAUUGUUAUAACAUAAACUGUAUAAAUGUAACAUUUUUUUAAUAAAAUUGAAUGAAAUGUUUUA